AUGUCAUCGUUAAGCGUGUGUCAAGGGUUACAAUCAUGUCUUGAACCCCGUGUGAUUGAGCCACGUGUCAUUAGGCUGAAAUUGGCUCCACCAGGUUCCAAAAUUGCUCCUCCACCCUCGGAAUCCGAGUCCCACCAACAAGAACAACCUGAUGAGAAAAAGGACAUGGCUGCUGGCAGUGGUGACUGGAGUUUCCUUCAAGCACUCUCACACCACCCUACUUCUCAAUGUAAUGAUCAUAAUAACGAUGACAAAGUUUAUGUUCAUCCAACAGUUAAACGCUCCUCUUCAAUGCUCAGUGCUAAGAGCUUAGAAAUGUGCACUGAAAGCCUCGGAAGCGAAACAGGUAGCGAUCAAAAUUCUCUCUUCAUCUCUGAGACUCACGAGACUCAUCAGAGUAGUAACACAACUUUGAUAAAGCAUAGAAAGAGAUCGCCUCACGGGGCUCGAAGCUUUCCACCGCCUCUUACUUCCAUCACUCAUCUAAUGCCUCACCGCCAUGACGGCAGGCUCGUCUUGGAAGCCGUCUCCGUAGCUUCUCCUCCUCCGGAGAGUGGCGCUUACUUUCACGCUGAACGCAGCCAUGGUAGGCUCAGGCUUGGAUUUUGCCUCCCCGAGGAGAGUGAAAGCGAAGAGGAAAAAGAUAAAGACGACGAAGAUGAAGAAGACGAUGAAGAAGAAUUUGUGGAGAAUAGUGUGGAGGAGGGAGUAGUGAGAAAGUUUGGGAGAGGCAUGAGUAAUGGCGGCAGGUGCAAGGAAGGCGGGAAUCCACACUUUUUUUGUGCUGAUUCCUUCUUUGAUCUCAUCAGGACAAGUAUCGUAUAGUAUAGUACAAUCAAUAUUAUUUCUAUUCUCUCAUCUAUC